AUGGAUUCCUUUUACGACAUGAAAAACAACAACACCGCCUACAGCAGCGAGUCUAAGCUCAACACCAGCUCCAACCCGGGCUCCAAGCACGAUGCGUCCAACAUGAACCAGGCCAGCUCAAACCGCAACCCUCGCCGCAGGGCAAGCAAGUCCUCCUAUUAUUUUGGCCACCGCGCCAAGCAGUCCUCGGGCAGCAGCUUCUCCUCCUCUUCUGACAAGAGCGAGUACAACUGGCCUUUUCCUGGCGAAGACGGCCCCACCGGCUCCAGUCAGGCCAGCGUUUUUGCACCCCCGGCCAGCGAGAGCACCCCGUCACAACAGAUGAUUCUGAGAGAGAUUGGGGCAGCACUGACGCUGUGA